AUGCCUGCUGUGCUCUGCAGGGCCUUGCAUAAUUUUGCCCUGCCCAUUACUCGUGCUCUUGUCUACUUCUGGCUGCUGCUCUUGGUGCAGGUUGCUUUGAGCCAGAAACCCGCAAAGCUCCCUCUGGUGGGCCGUAAGCCAUUCCUGGCAGCAUGGAAUGCACCACUGGACAUGUGCACCCUCAAAUACAACAUGAACAUCAACCUGAACCUCUUUCACAUCAAAGGCAGCCCUCGAGCCGUCCACACAGGUCAGGAUGUGACAAUAUUUUAUGCCAACCGUUUGGGCUAUUAUCCUUUCUAUACAGAGCAAGGCACAGCUGUGAAUGGAGGCCUUCCUCAGAACUGCAGUCUGCAGGCUCAUCUAAGCAAAGCCAGCAAAGACAUUGCCCACUUCAUUCCUUCAAAAGAUUUUCAAGGUCUGGCUGUUAUUGACUGGGAGUACUGGAGGCCACAAUGGAGCCGCAACUGGCAAAAGAAGGACAUUUAUCGACAACGCUCACGUGAGCUUGUUUCCAGAGCAUACAUCAAUGUAACAGAGGAGCAGAUAGAGGACCUGGCACGUCUACAUUUUGAAAAGAGUGCCAUGGCAUUUAUGCAAGAAACGCUGCAGCUGGGAACGCAGACUCGACCCAAAGGCCUUUGGGGCUUCUACUUAUAUCCAGACUGCCAUAACUACAAUGUGCACACACACAAUUACAGCGGUUAUUGCCCCAUACCAGAGAGUGCUCGCAAUGAUGAGCUGCUCUGGAUGUGGAACAGCAGUACCGCACUUUUUCCUGCACUAGCUAUCCACAAAGGCCACAUGGACAACAUUCGCAAUCUGCAUUUCUCCCAGAACCGGGUGCUGGAGUCGCUAAGGCUUGCAGCUAUGACCUCACUGCCUUACAUGCUGCCCACCUUUGUAUAUACAAGGUUGGGAUACAGAGAUGAACCCAUGGCAUUUUUGACACAGAAUGAUUUAAUAUACACAAUAGGCGAAAGUGCUGCUUUAGGUGCUGCAGGAUUUGUGAUCUGGGGGGACCUGAACCUUACAUCUUCCAGGCACAACUGCUCCAAAGUUAGAGCAUUUCUGUACUACAAAAUGGGUCAGUACAUCACCAACGUGACCCGGGCAGCUGAGGUGUGCAGUGAAUAUUUGUGCCAGGAUAAUGGCCGAUGUGUGCGACGAGACCCACGAGCAUCGCAUUUUCUGCACCUGAGCCAAACCAGCUACCGCAUCAGUUCAAACCGGGAUGGCACAUUUAAUGUCACGGGGAGACAUUCUCAAAAGGAACUGCAGCUACUGAAUAAAAGGUUCCAGUGCCACUGCUAUGAGGGUUAUGAGGGCGAACACUGUGACAGUAUUGAGCCAACACAAAGAACUGAGGAUGAGAAAGAGAAGGAGGAGGAAGGACAUGAGCAAGGGCCUGAGAGCUCUGCUGAAUGUGUGGGAAAUUCCAACCUCCUGAUCAUGCUGCUUGUUCUGUUUACCUUUAGCUGUCUUUAA